AGCCGCAUUUUAGAGUUUAUUUCUCUCGCAUCCUCCAUCUAGGGUUUUCACCAAAGCCGUCUUCGUCUCAUUUCCUCAAGCAAAACAACCAUGGUUCUCCAAAACGACAUCGAUCUGCUCAACCCUCCAGCUGAGCUGGAGAAGAGAAAGCACAAGCUCAAGCGUCUCGUGCAGACUCCUAACUCCUUCUUCAUGGACGUUAAGUGCCAGGGAUGCUUUAACAUAACGACAGUGUUUAGCCACUCGCAAACGGUUGUAGUGUGUGGAAACUGUCAGACGGUUCUGUGCCAGCCCACUGGUGGCAAAGCCAGGCUCACGGAAGGAUGCUCUUUCAGGAAGAAGUGAGAAACUGAGUUUCUCACAUAAAAAUCAUCUUUUUUAAAAAUGUUGCUGUCAGAGAGAAAUCGGAUCUUUAUUCAGUUUGUGUUUCUUGCUUAGUACUCUUUAUUGUCUUAAAGACCUUUUCUUUUGCUUACGAGAAGAUUUUGAAAGCAUUAUCAAAUUAUUGUUGGGUUAUAGAUCAAUCUUCUAGCUUUUAUUUAGCUAUAAAUCUUUAUCAAAUCGCAUCAGCUGGCUGGUUUCUUGUUCAUUGUCUACAUGCUAUGUGGUUUUUUCAUUAGCUGAAGCUGAAUAAACCCUCACCACACAUGGUUUUAUGUUGAAG